GCCGUACCUGUGCAGGCCCAAGCUGAUCUUGCUCUCCUCUCCCCGUUCCGAUCUCUCUCCAGGCUCCGGCGGAAUCCUGUAGUUGCGCUCCCACUCGCACCUCGCCGUCGGCCGCCGCCCGCCGAAUUCUUGAAGAAGCCCCACAAAAAGACAGCACGAUGGUUCAGAAGAAGAAGAAAGCAGCCGCGGCUCCCAAACUCCACAAGCCGAAGCGCGACGCGGCGAAGAAGUUCGGGAAGAAGGCUGACAUGGCGGAGUUCAGGGCGCAACUGGACUCCCUUGGGUUGAAGAUAGUCGAAGUGACCGCAGAUGGCAACUGUUUCUUCAGUCUGCAGGGCAAUGGGUGACCAGCUUGAGGGCAGUGAGGAAGAGCACAUGAAGUACCGAUCAAUGGUUGUGGAAUACAUUGUGAAACAUCGGGAGGAGUUCGAGCCAUUUAUCGAGGAUGAAGUUCCGUUCGAAGAAUACUGUGACUCUAUGUUAAAGGAUGGGACUUGGGCUGGCCAUAUGGAAUUGCAAGCAGCUUCACUUGUCACAAGAAGAAACAUAUGCAUUCACAUGCUUAACUCACCACGAUGGUACAUAAACAACUUUUCUGGUCGUGAAGCUACUAAUAUGGUUCAUUUGUCGUAUCAUGAUGGCGAGCAUUACAACAGUGUCAGGCUGAAAGAAGAUCCAUGUCAAGGUCCUGCAAUGCCAGUUGUUAUCAAGACGGACGCCAAUAUAUCUAGUACAAAAAAUAACGCUCAAACAAAAGCAAAGGACCUGAAGAAAUCCUCACACAGAUCAACCUAUGAUCACACAUCAGUUAAAUUGGUCAUGGCUGGAACUGGAUGUUCUGAUGUCGCCGCAGUUGAGCAUGUUUUGGGAGAAAUGGACGGUGAUAUUGAUGCUGCCACUGAGUACAUCAUAGCCGAGCGACUUGCGGUGGGUACUGAUGAUGCAGAGGGAGACCUUUAUAUGGACUGUGCAUGUAAUGGAGAUGAACUUUACAAAUGGCAAGAUGAGAACGAGGUGAUUGAGCACAAGGAUGAAGCAAGUUCUAGCAAAGAUGAAACAGUUCAGAAACCCAAAAGUUCACAUUCUAAUAAGGACAAGUCUAAAACCAAGGAAUGCUCUUGUGGCUCUGCAAGGAAGCACAAGACGUCUUGUUGUUUAGCUACGGCUGCACCAUCGAGAGAACCUCCAAGGGCCAAAGGUGGCCAAGGGAAAGGCCAGAAAGGAAAGAAGCAAAAGAAGAAAGAACAAGCUGAAGCAGCACCGGUACAAGAAUCUAUCGCCGUACCAGACCUAGGAGCUCUUUGCAUCUGAACACUGAUUGAGCCAUGGAGGUUUUGUGACUCCACUGUAGCAACCCAGAAGCCGCAAAUACACGAGUCAUCAAUCUGGAAGAGAAGCCUGCUUUACUGCAAUGGCGUGCACCAACUCUGCUGCAGUCAGGUUGUGAUGUGUCUGGCUCAAUUCGCGUUAAUGCGUUGUGAUCUGCUGAGUGCUGAUUGACAGAUUGAGUGAUUGACAGGUAUCUCAUCCUCACUGUAUGAUUAGAGUGAAUGAUGUUGGCGAAUUAGCAGAUUUUGAGAUGGUAUAGAAUCACAGAUGAGCCAUCCGUGAUAUUUGUUUUCUUUAGUCAAAUCUCCUUGAUGAUGAAUGCUGUGUGUAAAGGAACCUCAGUUAUUAAAAGCAUAACUGUCGUGCUUAUUGGUGAAUUA